CGACGUCCUCAUCAACUCCCGCUGCUGCCCUCCCCCUGCCAAACCCAAAUUCGAUUUCUUCUGCUUGAGGGAUUCGAGUUGAUUUUGCUUCCUCCAAAACCCUUUUCAACUCUUCACAGUUCGCCCUCCAAAGCGUUUUGUCCGAGCUCGUUGAAGGACAAGGUUUAUAGGAUCUUCUGCAGGGAAAAGCGUAAGCUCGCCGGUAGAAAGGGUGUCUAUGUUGAGAAUCAGUGCUCGGAUAAAAUCACUCAGCUCACGGAUAAUGUCUACGUUUGUCGCUCUGGAUCGGCUGCAGAUUCUCAGGUUGUUUCCGACUAUGUGAGGCACUUUCUUCAUCAGCACACCGUUCAGCUAUGGCAGCCUGCUACUGUCAAAGUUGUUGCUAAUCUCAUCAAGCUACUGUCAUAUGGCAACAAGAAUAUGUUGCAAACUGGGUUGAUUGUUGGAGGCUGGGACAAGUAUGAAGGGGGAAAGAUUUAUGGAGUUCCGCUUGGCGGCACAGUCAUAAAGGUGCCAUUUGCCAUUGGAGGUUCUGGCUCCAGUUACUUGUAUGGAUUCUUUGAUCAAGCAUGGAGAGAAGGAAUGACCAAGGACGAAGCGGAGGGAGAAACCUUAAAGGUGCUCAAAGCUCUAGAAGCAGUCGUGUCUCACCUGAGGAAGUUUUUGGUUGAUCAUAGUGUUCUUCCUCUUUUUGAGAAAACUUACACUGCUCCAGUUUCUCAAGAACGCCAACCAGAUCCCUGGGCUGACAAGUCGUUGCUUCAUACUGCAACUCAGCCGUGAGUCGCAAUUGGAAUCACAACUCCCAUCCUCUGGACUUUCCAUUUAUGGACAAGAGGCUUCUCUUUCUUCAAUACGUUCUUCAGGACUUGGCCGUCCUGGUGCUCCUAUUGUUACUCAGGGCCUUGGAUUACAAGUUGUGAAAUAUUUGGCUGCCAAAUAUGAAGAGCUAGGGUGUGAAGUGAAAUGGAUGGGCAAGCCUGAUAAGGUGAUCUAGUCACAUUGGUCUGGUUACCGGUGUUAACUUCACUUCAUGUGAACCUUUAGCUUAAUACAUAUUUCUCUUGCACUUGACUGCCAAGAUCAAUUUUGAGCAAGGCUAGUUUUUGCUUUGAAGCAAAGUUUGGUGUUGAAAUUUUGUAGAUUGUUGCUCAUAUGUUUCUAGGCUAGCCUUUGUAGGUUUUGGGGUUUUCUUUUGUGACAUAUGUUCAAUCAUGAAUUUGGAAAGAAAAUUAAUGGAAAGCCCCAAUUUUUG